UGUAUUUCUCGGGUUUUCCCUGUGCUGUAACAUAACAAUGCAAUUCCGUAUACUCUGUAUGAACCUGCUUACUUGUAUACUAUCUAUCUACACUGAAGAAUGAGUGGAAAACAGGAAUCUGCCCUGGCAGUGGAUUCCUCUCUACCCAGAGUGCUUGUGGAAUGGCAGCAGUUUGGCAGCAGGUUUUGGCAGUGGACGCAAGGUACAAUGCUUACCGCACGCCUACGUUCCCACAGUUCCGAACUCAGUACAUCCGCCGACGCAGCCAGCUGCUCAGAGAGAACGCCAAGUGUGGCUUUGAGCCGGGGCUGCGCAGGCAGUACCUGAGGCUGCGCAGUCAGCUGCUGGCCCUGCGCUACGGGCCCCUGUCCGAGCAGAGCAGCUUCAGGGCCAGCAGUGUGCGCAGCUCCCGCACCACACUGGACCGCAUGGAGGACUUCGAGGAGGACCCCCGUGCCCAAGGGGCUCGUGGUCACCGCCGGUCCGUCAGCAGAGGCUCUUACCAGCUCCAGGCCCAGAUGAACAGAGCCGUUUAUGAUGAGAGGCCUCCGGGCAGUUUGGUGCCCACCUCGGUGGCAGAGGCCAGUCGUGCCAUGGCGGGGGACACAACUUUGAGUGAAAACUAUGCUUUUGCUGGCAUGCACCACAUAUUUGACCAACAUGUAGACUCAGCUGUUCCACGGUUGCAGUUUGCUAAUGACGACAAGCACCUCCUUGCUUGCUGCUCCCUGGACGGCAGCCUCUCCAUCAUGUCCUUGUCCCCGUCUCCUCCCAGUGUGAAGGUGACCCUGAAAGGUCACGGAGGUCCCGUCACGGACUUUGCCUGGUCUCUGAGCAAUGACAUCAUUGUGUCGACGUCCCUAGACGGGACUCUGCGUAUCUGGAACACGGAGGACGGUCGGUGCAUCCGAGAGGUCAGAGAUCCAGAAUCCAGCGAGUUGCUCUGCUGCACCUUCCAGCCCAUGAACAACAACCUUACUGUGGUGGGAAACAGCAAACACCACCUGCAGGUGGUGAACAUCUCCACCGGGAAGAAGACGAAGGGGGGCUCCAGUAAGCUGACAGGCCGCGUGCUGUCUCUGUCCUUUGAUGCUCCGGGGAGGAUCCUCUGGGCCGGGGAUGACAGGGGGAGCAUUUUCUCCUUCCUCUUUGACAUGGCCACAGGGAAGCUGACCAAAGCCAAGCGUCUGGUGGUGAGUGAAGGCAGCUCCAUCUGCAGCAUAUCUGCUCGGUCCUGGAUCAGCCGAGAGGCCAGAGACCCCUCCCUGCUGAUCAACGCCUGUGUCAAUAAGCUGCUGCUGUACAGGGUGGUGGACAACGAUGGGACACUACAGCUGAAGAGAAGCUUCCCUAUCCAGCACGGUUCCCAGCAUGUCCAUAGCAUCUUCUGCCCCCUCAUGUCUUUCAGACAGGGGGCCUGUGUGGUGACUGGCAGCGAGGACGCCUGUGUCUACUUCUUCGACGUCGAACGCAACACCAAGGCGAUAGUGAACAAGUUGCAGGGUCACGGGGGACCAGUGCUGGACGUCAGCUUCAACUGUGACGAGAGUUUACUGGCGUCCGCCGAUUCCACCGGCAUGGUCAUUAUCUGGAGGCGGGAGCAAAAGUGACUGGUGCACCAAUAAAUUGCUUCCAUCCAUACAAAUGGCUCCUGCCGCCCCUUAACCGUCCAAUAACGAGUCUGUAGAUUUUCACUGGAAUGUAACCGGCUGCAUUAAGCGUUUAACGAGAAAUCAAGUGCAAUCAAAUAGAAUACCGUAUGUGUGUGGGUGUGUGCGCGUGUGUGUGUCAGUACUGCUGCAGCUGAGAAAUUGCUUUUUAACAAAGAAACAAAGAGCACUACUCCCAUGCAUGUGUCAUGGCUUACCUCUGACUUGUACGGAUGAAUAUAUGUGAAGAGGAUAAAAUGUAAUCUUCCAGAGAAAACCGGUCCAACACUUUGUAUCACAUUGACGGUCCCUCUGGCAUAGAUCUAGUUCACUAUUUAUGUAACUGUUACUCAAGCAGUGUAAUCAAGUGUAGUAAAAACCGCCUUCUUUGAUUUCAGUUCUGCAAUUGCCUGUUUGCAUUUAAGACCAUGUGCAUGACGUUGAACUCGGCAAAUCAAAUCGAUCGUCGCAAAAGACAAGCGCGUUUCUAAGUAUGUGUUUGUACUAAUCUGUGUGUAUGUGUGUAUUCAGUUCAUGCUGGUUGCAGAUUCAUAUAAUUUAUUUAAUGCACAUACAGAAUAAACUACUGUAACUGUCA